AUGCUGACGAAUUCACGCGUCCUGCAACUCCUCCGCCAACCCGUUGUUCAUGAGGGCUUCCUCGCGACGUCGCUGAGGCGAAAUUUCGCCGGUCAACUCCCUAAACUUUCUACCAAAACAACUCCUCUACGGCGAGGGUUCACCACUUCAAACCUGCGCAUCUCGAAUCGCUCGCAACUCUCACGACUAUGGCGAAAGUCUCCUCUCCGGAACAGCCGGCAGACUCGGCACAGCAGCACUCAAACAGCUGGAGAUGAGCUUGCAAGCAAAAAGAGUCUGUCGCUGUCAGAGCGCAUGAAGGAGAUGUCGAGGAAAUACGGGUGGAUCGUGGUGGGAAUAUACCUGGGCUUGUCUGUGCUUGACUUUCCCUUCUGCUUCUUGGCAGUGAGGUGGUUUGGCACGGAGCGGAUAGCAGAGAUCGAGCACACCAUCAUCGACAGCGUUUGGGGUGUCGUGGAGAAGGCAGUGCCUAGCUUGAAAGAGAGGAGAGAGCAGAAAGAGGCCAUCGCAGCCGCUGAGGAUGCCGCAAGAGAAGGAGGCGAGGCUGUGAUGGAGGACGCGAAGAAGCAUGAGGAUGCUAGUAUCUGGACUCAGCUACUUCUCGCGUACGGCGUGCACAAGUCGCUCCUCUUCAUUCGCAUACCCGUCACACUGGCCGUCACGCCCAAGGUGGUAAAGACAUUGAGGAGUUGGGGGUGGAACAUUGGCAAGACGAAGCCGAAAUAG